AUGAAGUUAACAAUUGAUGCAAGUUUAGAAGAACAAGUUAAUCAAGAGAAAAAACAUUGGAAACAAGUGUUAGAGAGAAUUCUUGCUAUUGUGAAAAGACUUGGGCAAAAUAAUUUGGCAUUUCGAGGAGAUUGUGAAAAACUAUAUGAGAAAAACAAUGGGAAUUUCUUACAAAUUAUAGAAUUACUUGCUGAAUUUGAUUCAACUAUGCAAGAACAUGUUCGUCGCAUUUUAAGAGGUGAGACUCAUUAUCAUUAUUUGAGUCACAAGAUUCAAAAUGAAAUGAUACAACUACUGGCAACUGAGGUGAAAAGCUCCAUAAUUAGUAGAAUUAAAGAAGCAAAAUAUUUUCCAGUCAUACUAGAUUGUACUCUAGAUGCAAGUAAUGAUGAACAGAUGUCUCUUGUUUUAAGAUGUGUGAAUGUUUUAGAAAGUCCAAUAUUUGUUGAUGAGUAUUUUCUAGAAUUCAUAAAAGUUCAUGACACAUCAGGGCUUGGUUUGCUUAAUGAACUUUUAGAUGCGUUGAAUAUUCUUGGACUUGAUGUUGAUAAUAUAAGAGGACAAGGAUAUGACAAUGGAUCUAAUAUGAGAGGAAAGAAUAAAGGUGUACAAACUAGGCUACUUGAAAUGAAUCCUAGAGCAUUUUACACUCCUUGUGCCUCUUCUACAAAAAGAUGGAAAGUAUUUAGAGAUCAUGUGCCUGGUCUCACUGUUAAGCCAUUAUCAGAAACACGUUGGGAAAGUCGUGUUGACAGUGUUAAAGCAAUAAGAUUCCAAGCUCCACAAAUAAAAGAAGCUUUAAAUUACUUGGCAGAAAGCAAUGAAGAUGCCAAAACAAAAAGUGAUGUUGAAACUUUAGCAACAUAUAAUAUUCAGAAUUUUGAGUUCUUGGUGAGCAUGGUUAUUUGGUAUGAUUUGUUGUUUGCUGUUAAUACUGCUAGCAAGAUCUUGCAAAGUGAAGAUAUGCAAAUUGAUGUUGCUAUCAAAGAGUUAAAGAUUCUACUUUCAUUUCUUCAAAAAUAUAGAGAAACUGGUUUUGAGGAGGCUUUGACUAAAGCUACUGAGAUUGCAAGUAUGAUGGAAGUUGAACCUGUAUUUAUGGAGAAACGAAAAGUUUACAGGAAAAAGCAGUUUGAUGAAAGUGUCAAUGAGGAGGUGACACAAUCAGCAGCAGAGUCAUUUAAAAUUGAUUAUUUUCUUUACAUAAUUGAUCAAGCUAUUUCAUCAUUUAAAACCAGGUUCGAACAAUUUCAGAAUUUCGAGGAGAAUUUCAGACUAUUGUUUGAUUUUGAGAAAUUAAAGUCUGCAGAUGAUGACUCUUUGAAGAAUUUUUGUAUCAAUCUUACAAACUUAAUGAAGCAUGGUGAGAUUUCAGAUCUUGACAAUGAUGACCUAUACCAAGAGUUAUAUAUGUUGCGUCAAAGUUUACCAAAAGAAACCAAAAGAGCUAUCGAUGUGUUGAGCUAUAUAAAAGAAGUGGAUGGCAGUUAUCCAAAUGCUUCGAUUGCUUAUAGGAUUUUUCUAACUAUUCCGGUCACUGUUGCCCAUGCAGAAAGGAGUUUUUCCAAAUUGACCUUGAUCAAAUCUUAUCUCUGUUCAACCAUGUCUCAAGAAAGAUUAAGUGGUUUAGCUAUGUUAUCCAUUGAAAAGGAUAUAGUUGCAAAACUUGAUUAUGCAAAUUUAAUUAAUACUUUUGCAUCUAAAAAUGCAAGACGUAUAAUAUUUAAGUAA